AUGAAAUGUACUCGACCAAUAAUGUAUACGUAUUUUUGUUACGGUUAAACUGAUUAGUAGUCUUCAAAAUUAUACAUUUGUUAUGGCCAAUGAAAAUAUUUAUUAUAUUUUCAUACGAUAAAUUUGAUCGGUCAAUGUUAUGAUAUGGAUUAUUUUUCUUCUUUUUGAAAUGUCAUAUGUUAAUACGUGAUUUUCUUCGAAUCGACCAGGGUAUAAUGGCAAAAAGUUUAGACGAUUUUAAUCUUCCCCAGUCGGCAAUUUCGAAAAUUGUCAAGCAUACCCUUCCUGAUGGAAUAUCUAUAUCUAAUGAAGCCAAAGAAGCUUUAUCUAAAGCAGCGAGUGUUUUUGUAUUAUAUUCAACUUCUUGUGCUAAUAAUUUUGCAUUAAGAGCAGAAAAAAAGACAUUAACUACUCCAGAUAUAUAUGCUGCAAUGGAAGACAUGAAUUUUGGUUCUUUUGUAAAUUCCUUGAAAGAAAGUCUAAAAAUUUACCAUACAGAAAAAGGAAAGAGAGAUAAUUGUAAAAUGAUAAAAAAGCACAAAUUAGGUAAUUCCAUUCUGAUGGAAGAAGAAGAAAAUCUAGAAUAAUAAUGUUAGCAAUAAAUUAUAUAUUUAUAUCUCAUAUGCCAUAUUUAUACUUUUAUACUGUUAUAUUUAAUAUAUUUAUUGUCUAAUUAUUAAGAUGAAUCGUGUGUAUAUGUAUGAAAGUUUUAUAAUUCACAAUUUCCCCGCCAAUCAACAUGUUUUGGUUUAAAUCUUUUUAUAAAAUAUGCUUUUACUUUAAUUUCUGAGCAAAUUAUAGGAAAUAUUAAUGAAUGAAUCAUUUUUUUACAAAAUUAAAGUUGAAUUUUAGUUCUUUUAUAAAGAACUUGUACUGUACAUGCAUUAACGAAUACAAAAUGAUUUAAAUUUCAUUAAUUUUAUAAUCUUGAUGCUGAUUGAAUAAGAAGUUGUGGAGUAUAAUUGUGUUAUUCAAAUAUAUGGAAUCUGUAUAAAUUUGUACUUGUUGAUAUCUUUUAAAUUUAUAAAAAUAAAUGUAUGUGGAUAUCAAAUUGGUUUUCAUAGUUUUUUAAAGCCUUUAAAUAACAAAAAUUAAACAAUGUUUACGAAACUUGGUGUGGAAAACGACCUUCUUAGCACCCACAUAUCAGAAAAAAAGAUUCAUUCAAUCUGUAAAUUGCUUAUAAUAUAUUAUGAAGAUUAUAAAACAAAGUUUGAAAUAUAAUUUAUGAUUUAUUAUUUAAGAAAAAUCAACACUUUUUCCCUUUCUGAAAACUAAUGAAUUGCAUUGAUUUUUACCUUUAGAUUCUUUAACAAUAAAUAUAAAAAAGUUCCUCCUUUGUGUCAAUUUCUGAAUUCAAAGGGAUCUAUAUUUUUAUGGGUCCCUUUGAACUGGAUGCUUGGAAUUUUUCAUAGAUUAAUCUUGUUCUUAACAUCCUAGACCAUUGUGGGCCUGACCGAAUCUGCUAUGAAGAUACUCCUGAUGUCACAAAGUUGAAAUAGUUAAAAGAGAGACAAAACCUAUCUUUUAACCUCUCUCUCGAUUUUUAUGGAAUGAUUCAUAUAUAACUUCUUGGAACACUUUUACCCAGGCUAAUGCAAAUUAUUUUGUUCAAAAAGAAUGAUGAAAUAAAUUUAGUACAUAUAUAUGAAAUAUAAACUAAACAGCAAAGAUGUCAUAGAUACCGUUCAGGAACUUUAACUUUCUCCCAUGAUUGUCCUUCACAAGUGACAUAGCUUCUGAAUGACUACUCAUUAGGAAUCUAAUGACAAAAUCACGUAUUGGAGCAACAAAUAACUUUUCCUAAAAUGGGCGUCGGAACACAAGGGAAGGACCCCCAUAUAAAAAGUAAAGGCCGGUCCGCCUCCUUGUGAGGCAAUUGAUGGGAUCUUAGCUGACUAUACCUACCAGACAUUUGUCCAAGAUCUGCCCCAUCCAGGAGUCUUGCUUUCCCAACUGAGCAGAAACCUCUCCAUCCAUUUGUCAAGACGAUCCACAGCAUUCCGACAUCAAUUAAGGAUCUAACAAUCGAGGUAUUUACCAACACGCAUCCUACUUUGUAAAUUCUCUCUCACACAAUUCUAAAUUGACUCCCAUUAAUAAUUUGCUCUUUUAGAAAAGUCUUUUCAUUUAAUAAAUUAUUGUUAAUUUUACUAAAAUGCACACUGGAGUGCAUUAUUUCUGGAUACUCAAUCUAUCUAUCUUUCCCUCUUCCAUCCGUCCAUAUUUAUCCCCAUAUGUAGACACUCGCACACGUUCUACAAACCGGCGGAAAAACAAAAUCAAAGGUUUCUGUAUUUGCCGGAAAACAGUGGUGUCGGGAGAAUAGUAAGGGGUGCUUCUCAGAUGUCACACAUAUAUGAAAAUAAAGUUUGUUCUAUACUUGUCAUGAAAGAGAAAAAAAUUUUUAUUUCACCUUUGUUUCCAUUAUGAAAGCAAUCACAUGGGCUAUUCACUUGGUAGUUAACCAGGAAAUUCCCAUAUCUGACCACUGAUGAUCCCAGUAUCAACCACAAAAGCAGUAGUUAUCUGUAUAAAUUUGGUUAGAUAAGUGGGAAAACUUAUAUGUAAUGUUUGUGUAGUAAAUAAACCAUAAAUUACAUAUCAGCAGCAUUGUUGCAGCAACAUUAUAAGGAACGGGUUCCUGCAUCCAAGAAAAGUUUUCAAUAAGAGAAACAUUUUUUAAACUUUUUACAUUUUUGCAGGCUUAAGAAUCUUUUUAGUAAAACAUUAAACAGAAAACAUAAAAAAUUAAUAUUUGUUUUACAUCAAUUUAACUUUUCAAGAAUUAUAAAAAUUCAAAGUACAACUUUCUAUUGCAAGAUUCUACCAUUGUUCCUUCUAAUUCUAACCCUAUUUUCUAUCUUUUCUCGUACUAUCUCCUUAUUUUAGGAUAGUGUUCGAGCAUAUCCUAACUCUAUGUGAAUUCAUUAUAUCAGCUCGUGUCUGUGAGGAUGAGUUAAAAGGCUUGUGUAAUCCCACUCUUUACAGACAGAGAUGACGAAAUUUACCCAAAAAUCCAAAUUUUUAAUAUUGAGAAAAUCUUUCUGGAACGUUGUCACGUGUGCCUGAUGGUGUCAUUGUACCAGAAAGAUCUUCCAAAGCAACUGGAAAUUCAAAUUCAUAUAGGGAAUUCCAUAGCGCCUGAAGAAGAACCACAUUAGGUUCGAAAACGUUUGCAAAGUCCUCUGCAUUGGAGAAGAAGAACACUGGUUACAGGCAGUGAAGUUGGGUAAUUUAUCUACUCCGGUGUUAAAAUUUCUUUAUAGUUUAAUUAAAACAAAUCGUUUUUGCAUUAGAAAUUUACAUUUCAUUUUAGAAUAGGAAUAUUUCUUAAUUAAUGCAAGUUGUGUUUUUACAACAUUCUCUCAUUUUCCUUUGCAGAAUGGAUAAUUUCAAAGAAUUGAAGAAGUGGCACACCUCGGGCCAUGCCCAGCCCCAGGAUGGCGCCUGGUGUAAUGCAGGUGCUUCCAAAAGAUGCGGAGGAGGAGUGGCAUACACCCGUUGUGAAACGGGUGGUGAUCAUGAAAAACCUCUUCUCUGCCGAGGUCUUCUUACGCAGAUUUCAACUUUCCACCGAAUAUGAUACAGCCACCCAGAACUGACCUUUUACCCAACUACGACUUAAUCGACUGGACUUUACUUUCUAUCCCAAUUUACGGAUGAUUUGACUCUAUUGGAGAUUGGUUCUCCCACUUCGGUUAAAGUGCAUAGAACAUCGACAUUGUUUAAUGUUUCGUUGUCACUUUGGCCAAUGUUCUCGUGUUUAAUAAAAGACUGUGUUUAAGCGACUAUUAACUGGCCAAUGCAACUUAUAUAAUAUCUCGACCGGUGUUCCAUUGAUACUAGUAAAACGUUUCAUCACAGAAUAAUGUAGUACAGGAGAAAACCAUUUUCACGUUGAACUUUAACCAAAAACACAGUCGAUAUGUGUUCAGACCAGAAUUUAAUUACUUUAGCAAUUAAAUUUGUAUGUGGAAUUUUCACAAUUGUAUAUAAAUUUUUGUACUUAAUAAAACUUAUUAAAUU